AUUUUGCUUCCAUGUCGCGCGCACAACGGACCGCGCAGUUAAACGCUUGUGAAACGCAGUUGUGAGUGAACGCAGUGAAUGUUCUAACAAUAUCCCGUGUUGUGGUGUUAAUAUUUGAUUUUAUUUUGUAAAAUAUUUAAUUUUCUCAUUUGUGUUGAAAUAAAAGUAACAUGCCGUGCAAUUCCGAAGACGACAAUGGUGUGCCCAUCCACCAAAAUGGCUGUCGACUGACAGCUGAUCGGAGCGCGUUCCAAUACGAGCAUCGACAUCAGAUACAGGACAAUGGGAAUUCAAUGAGUGAAGAAGUAGAUCCGGACUUAGUUAGAUAUCCCGAUGGCACCGUACGCCUACGUAACCCAAACAUCGAACUUAUGGACCAAGACAUCUUGUACCACUUGGCGCUCGGCAGUGGCUCCCACGAUCUCGUCGAAAUGUUCGGCGAUGUUCAAUUCGUUUGUAUGGGGGGCACACCGAAGCGCGUGGAGCAGUUCGCGUAUACGAUCAUGGCCGAGAUUGGGCACAAGCUGCCGUGCGGUACCACGCUGCAAGACAUCAGCCAGUUCUCCUAUCGCUACUCCAUGUACAAAGUCGGCCCCGUCCUCUCUAUAAGCCACGGUAUGGGUAUACCGUCUGUAGGCAUCUUACUCCAUGAGGUCAUCAAAUUGAUGUACCACGCGAAGGUGCGAGAUCCUGUCUUCUUCAGGAUCGGGACGUGCGGUGGCAUCGGGUACGAGGGUGGCACCGUCGUUAUAUCAGAAGAAGCUGUGGAUGGCACCCUAAAGAAUGCUUUAGAAUUGACGGUACUAGGCAAGACAAUACAGCGGCUGGCGAAGUUAGACCGAAGGCUGGUGAAAGAGCUGAAGAGUCUAGCUGAUCCAGAAGACCCCUAUGAUACUAUAACGGGAAAGACGAUGUGCACUUAUGAUUUUUAUGAAGGACAAGGCCGUCUCGAUGGUGCAUUCUGUGACUUCACGGAGGCGGACAAGAUGGAAUACUUGGAAAGUAUCCACAAGGCUGGUGUGGUGAACAUCGAGAUGGAGUCACUGGCAUUCGCAGCGCUUACACACCACGCCGGCAUCAAGGCGGCUGUCGUCUGCGUCACCUUCCUCGACAGACUUAAAGGAGAUCAGGUGCUGGCACCUAAAGAGGUCUUGGACGAGUGGCAGGAGCGUCCAACUAAACUCGUCUGCCGAUAUAUUAAAAAGCAUUUGCAAAUGAAGGGUCGCCUUUCAUUGGAGGGACACGGUUCCAUAGCCGUCAAAAGUCCGCGUCGUUUCAAACUGGUUCAGCAAGAAUCUGAAAAUUAUGAUUAAUUCAACACCAUUCGAUCUCAGGACUUUACGUACGGUCUAUGUUUACCAACGAAAGCUACUGUGUUUAUGUCAAACGCCCUUAGAUUGCUUGUUGUUCUUGUCUGUAUGUUUUUUUUAUUAAUAUGUAUUUAUUACUGUAAAUUUACACUGCUAUACAAAAACAUCGUGAUGCAACCUGCACAUAUCUGAGUAGAAAUUCAAAGAUAUGUGUGAAGUCAACCCGUACUGGGUCAGCGUGGUCGUCUAUGGCCUAGUCACCCCUAACUUAGUGUAGGCUCCGAGGCCCUCGGUGGAGACGUAUAGUCAGCUGAUGAUACAAAAACAUUAUGUACAUUCCACUCUUUCUCGAAAACAAUGUUUUGUAUAGAUGUUUCAGCAUUGAAAACUCGUUAUGUAUUCCUUUCGUUAUAUCCUUUACUUAAAGGAAAAUAAAUAUGAGUAUAAAUAAACUAAUUAUUACUACUAUAUAUAAGCAGUAAAGCGUAACUUAUGGUUUUUCAAUUCA